AUGAAUCAAACUCCCGCCCAAGGCCAGGGCCAAGGCCAGCCUGGCCAGGGCAUGGCGAACCGUCCGCCGAACGCACCGAGCGCUGCCAACGUUGCUGCCCCUGGCGGUGCCCCUCGCCAGCAGGGCACUCCGAUGUACCGUCCAGAGAUGAUGCGCAAUAUCCCCUUGUUGUCUGACGAGGAAAAGACCAAGUAUGAGCGGGGCCUGCAGCAGUUGUGGCUUAUGCACGACAAUACUGCUCCUGGCUCGGCUGAGAAUAUCGAGGCGAAGAAGAAAAUCGCCGAGUUCGGUAGGGUGCUCCUCACGAAACUUCAGCAACGCCGUCAACAGCAGCAGUUGCAGCAACAACGUCAGCAGCAACAGCAGCAGCAACAGCAGCAGCAGCAGCAGCAGCAGCAGCAGCAGCAAGUUCAGCAACAAAUGCAACAGCAGGCUCAACAGCCCCAAACACAACCGCAACAGGGCCAGCCCCAACAGCAGCUGCAGCAGGCACAGGUCCAGCAGCAGGUUCAACAACAGCAACAGAUUCCACAGCAACAGCAGCAGGCACCACAGCAGCAGCAGCAGCAGCAGCAGCCUCAGCAGCUUGGUCAACCUGGCCAGCAAGUCCAGAUGAUGCCCCAGAAUCAACAACCUCAAGUCGCCCAGAAUGUCCAACCUGUUGCGCCUACGACGGUACCUCAGCAACAGCCGGCGCCGGCGACCCAGACUGCUCCAAAUCAGAUGGGCGCGCCGAACUCGGCCGCGGCGCAACUACGGUCCCUCCCUGCUCACAUUGUGAGUCAUGUGAAAGACGUAACUUUCCUGGCUCCCAACAACGUCGUCGAUAAGGCUGGCUGGAUCGAUCAGCUCAAGCUUCAAUAUGCACAAAAGUUGUUUGUUAUGGACAGCGCUGGCCGCCAGAUAAAACAGAUCGCCGCUUCUUUGGCAGACCAGUCACUGCCCCCUGAAGAACGGAAGAAGCUUGAAGAGAAAAAGCAGACUCUCGAGAAACAGUACAAUGAUGCUAUCAGCUUUGCCAAUACCGUUAGGAAACAAUACAUGCAGAAGCCAGCUCAAAACGGCGCUGCAGUGCAGAAUGCAGCAAAUGUUGCAAGACCACAGUCUGCUCAAGGAGCUUCAGCAAUGACCCAGCCCGGCGCUGGCGUUGGAAAUGGGACGCCAGUUGCGGCACCAGUUAAUCCGAUGCAAAGCUCUGCGGCUGCUAUUAACACUGCAAUCGAGACAGCAAAGAAACAGCAAAUGGCGGCGGGCCGGAUGGCUGGCGCGGUGAAUGCGAUGGCUGCACAGGUCCAGUCUCCGGCCACACCAGUACAAGCACAAGUUUCGCCCGCCACCCAGGUCCACGCAACGCAACAGUCGGUUCCUCAACAACCACAACAAAUCCAACAGGCCCAACCGACUCAGCAACCUCAAGCUCAGGUUAAGAUCGAGCCAGGUACUGCACCGCAUCCGGCGCCUCUCAACACGACAAUGGCCGGUCCCACUGGUGUUCCCUCUGCUGCGGCGCCGGCGCAGAACGCUGCGCGCAUGCAGACUCCGACCUCUGCGACUCCGACUAGUGCCAAUCCCAAUAUUCGCCCUCUGACUCACGCCGCCGCAAUGAACUUGGCUUCGCAGCAGCGCCCUGGUAUGCCUGCGGUUCCUACCGCUGCCUCCGGCGCCGCUCCUGGCACCCCCAUGGGCAUAAUGGGCGCUGCUCAGCAGCAGCAGCAGCAGCAGCCCGGUCAUAGCCAUGCGCACCCGCCUCAGCCUACGCAAGCUCCGCCGCCGCACUCGACUAACCCCAAGCUGCCCAUUCCGAAGGUGCUCCAUGACAAGGCUAUCCAGAUGCCCCAGCCGGUGCCUAACAUCGGUGGCGCUGGCAGCGGUCGCCCUACCUAUACCAGUGGCGUCAUGAACCAACCAGCGCUGCCCAAGACGCCUGCCUUCCAGCUCGAGGGCGAGGGCGAGCGCGUGCUAAACAAAAAGAAGCUUGAUGAGCUGGUGCGCCAGGUCUGCGGUGGUACUGCCGAAGGCCAGGAUGGUAACAUGUUGACUCCAGAGGUUGAGGAGUCCGUCCUCAACAUGGCUGAUGCCUUCGUUGACAAUGUCCUCCACCAAGCCUGCCGCAACGCCAAGGAGCGCGGCUCCAAGGUGCUGGAGAUCCGCGACAUUCAGCUUGUCCUGGAACGCGUAUACAACAUCCGCAUCCCAGGCUAUGCUAGCGAGGAGCUGCGUACCGUCCGCAAGGUCCAGCCCAACAGCAACUGGAUCAAGAAGAUGAGCGCUGUCCAGGCUGCCAAGGUUGUCCCUGGCAAAGGCGACAUCUGA